CCCCCACCUCAGCGCCUUAAAUGCCUCGGCCGCGGCGGCAACAAAGGCGGGCGGCGGCGGUGAGUGAGGGAUCGGCUGGGGGGUGGCGGGGUCGGGCUGGCGGCUAGAGAAUUCGAUUAAAAGGGACAUGAGAGCAUGAAGAAUUGCACGGAUGUGCUUCCUGUGGUGGCACCUCCUACAGAUCUUACCUGGCAACCUACUGCUGCCUGGAAGAGAAUGACAAGGAACUGCUGUGGGCAGCAAGGGAACCUGGAGAUGAAGGUGUUUCUUGAACUCUUCAGUGCACCACAAAACUGUUGUGUUUUGGGAUAUUCUGCUUAAGCCCUCAGAAGAAAAUCUGCCAAGAGCCAAAAAUGACUUGAGUUGGAGAGCUGAUGCUUUUUCCACGGGACCAGCUUCCAGUGGACCAUUUGGAUGCACCAUACACUAUGGUUCACAUCAAUGUGUUGAAAAAAUUAAUGUGUGUUCUUGUGGUGAUAUUGGUAGCACUGACAGUUUGCCUGUGGAAAGAGACAAGAAGAAGCUACUACAAUCCUUUCAAGAUUGAGAACGAUGAUUUGCAGGGUCACAGGAGUACAGAAAAAUGGAACACUGUUAAAUCACAAGGCCUCUUCCGCGAAGCAGCCGGUGAGUUGGGUCAGGUAUCCAAAACAUGGCUUGGUACCCAAAACAAACCAAAAGGCAGCAUCUCUGAAACAGCGGAAAAGUCCAAGAAAGCAGCAGCCUCUGUGAAGGUAUGGGAUAAGGACAGUUCAUCCAAAAAUCUUAUACCCAGGCUGCAGAAGGUCAGAAAAAACUACCUGGCCAUGAACAAGUACAAUGUGACUUACAGUGGGAAGAGGAACACUGCUAAACUCAGCCCAGAGAAGCUGCUGUGCCAGCUGCGGGACAGGGUCAACGUGACCAUGAUACAGGGGUCAGAUGGUCCUUUUGGUACCUCUGAAUGGCAACAAUACCUACCAGGGAAGAGCCUCAGUGAAACAGUGGGCCACCUGGGUCGCUGUGCUGUCGUGUCCUCAGCUGGGUCUCUGAAAUCAUCUCGUCUGGGACAAGAGAUAGACAGCCACGAUGCUGUCUUGCGGUUCAAUGGGGCUCCUAUCAAGGGCUUUCAAGAUGACGUGGGGCAGAAGACAACAAUCCGUCUUGUGAAUUCCCAGCUUGUCACUGUUGAAGAGAAGCAGUUCCUGAGGGAAGCGCUAUAUAACACUGGAAUUUUAAUUGUCUGGGAUCCAGCACCUUACCAUGCAGAAAUUCAUGAGUGGUACAGAAAACCAGACUACAACUUUUUUGAAAGCUAUAAGGCGUAUCGUAGAACACAUCCAGAGCAGCCCUUCUAUAUCCUGAAUCCAAAAAUGCAGUGGCAACUCUGGGAUAUUCUGCAGGAGAAUUCCCUGGAGCAUAUUCAGCCUAAUCCACCGUCAUCAGGAAUGCUUGGCAUUGUGAUCAUGAUGACGCUCUGUGAUGAGGUGGACGUGUACGAAUUCCUCCCUUCCAAGCGGCAGACGGACAUUUGCCACUAUUACCAGAAGUUUCAUGACCAUGCCUGCACCAUGGGAGCUUACCAUCCUCUGCUCUUCGAGAAGAACCUGGUGAAGCACAUGAACCAGGGCACAGACGAGGACAUCUAUACUCAUGGGAAAGCCACUCUGCCCGGCUUCCGAAAAGUGCGUUGCUAAUGGAUUGGUGUUUAGUUCUCCUUGACUGUCAAAGCACUUUUUAAAUCAGGGUUGUCAGAUUUGUUAGGUCUAAGCACUGGUGUGUUUUGACAGCUCUUCCAUGUAGCAGCGCUUGCUCUUAGGACUUCGUUGACCAGCUCUGUGAGGUGGUGUUAACUCACUGUGGUACAUCCACCCCAUAUCUGCAUGAGUCACUGCAAUAAAUUCACUCUCAGUGGAGCCAGGCUCAUGCAGUGGGUGGAUACCUCUGUCUGCCUCUCAGCCCAUGAUGGUGUGUGGGAGAUGCAGGAGAGGCUUUCUGAGCAGAGAUUGCACAAGUUGGGAUUGAAUGGUGAAUACAGUUUGGUUUGCUUAAAAAGGGUUAUGAUAGCCAAAAACCUAGUCCAUUGGGAAACAAGAGAAAUAAUUUAAAAUUUGUUCCCAUAGUCCUAGGAGCUCUUCAGAGCAGGACUGAUCUACGGAAAUGCUGUCAAGCUGUGUACUGAUAAGCUAAAUUCCUAGUCCAAAAUAUUUCAUUUUAUAAAUAGUUUGUAAAAUUACCUUGACAACUUCCUUCUGAAUUGUAAGACUUCUAAAACCACUCAGGUUACAUUUUUGGCCAAGGAAGAGGGAGGCAACUCACGAUUCAGUGAUUCUUGCAAGACUUUUAAAUCUUAUUACUUUUUAAAAAAUAAUUUAAAAUAAAUUUUAGUGAACAUUUACUUCUCCAGUACAGUGUUGGGCUUGGUACAGAAGAACCCUUAUUUCAGAAAUGUUUUGGGGAAGAUGCUCCAAGGCACACACAUGGGCGAGCUCACUGGAAGUCAGUACCUCUUUCCAGCUGUCUGCUGCUCUACCUUUGCAAUUGUUGGCAAAUUACUUCCUGUCCCCAGUAACAAAUACCACAGAGCUGCUUCUAGAUGAGUUCCAGUCUUCUGCAAGCUACCAGAAGGAAUCUCUCGGCUGCUGUGUGCUUUUCUGAGUAGGUGGGGAGCAGAUUUAUUGCUUCCAUGAUUCAUGAGGUGUGAGGAGGGAGAGUGUGCUCUGCUUCUCAUGCUGAAACAGGCAGAACUGAGAAGGGCAGCUUUUUCCUGCUCCAGGGGUCUCCUGUGGCAGCAUGAUGGAAGUAGUAGCUGUGCAGUCUCUUGUAUGUUGGUGAGAACACCUUCCCUGUCUCCUGUACUGGUGUGUUUCAUCAGGUCUGUAAAGAAAGCUUUUUCUUCUCCUGUUUUGAAUAAAUCCUGUGAAGUCA